AGACAAGAAUAAUCGUCAGAGACACCCUGGCAGUAGUUCGCUCUUGUACGGUGAGAGAGGAAUACGGAUCUUUCAUCGAGCACCAGUAUGAGUGAAAUCAUGUCAAAUUAUAGUGCAACAGAAGAGUUGCUAGAAUGUCCGUUUGAUCCCGUCCACAGGAUAAUUCCUCAUCGCAUGACGCGCCACAUAACAAAAUGUUGGAAGAAUCACAGAGAUGCUGACGUAAAGGUGUGCCCUUUUAACGCAACUCAUAUUAUAAAAACAGCACUCUUCCAGUCUCAUAUUGUGUCUUGCCCUGAACGCGCCAUUGUUGAACGAGACAUCUACCUAUCUAAGACAGUUCAUGAUCAGCAGCUGGAAAAGAAGAAGAAAAUGAAUGAAGUUGCAGAGUCCCCUUUGUCUACUUGUGGUGAAGAUUGGGAUUCAGAGUUGUCAGUUUCCACAUAUAAGCCAGAAGAGCAUUUGAUUCACCGUGAUAUUGUCCGCCCACCACCACCAGGCAUGGGAAAAGCAGCUAGACGAGAGUGGCGUGAAAGAGAGAUGGAACGUGUGCAGUGUAUAAGGGAAGGGAGGCCCAUCUAUCACUUGAUUAACAGUGACACUUCAGGUGGUACACCACAAGAAAAUGUUAAGGUGUUACAACAAAGUGGGAUGACAGUGGAUGGCUCUGUCACGCAGGGCCAGAGGCCAAGACUGCCAAGAAUUGCAGCCAACAUUGGUUUAUAUUCAGGAAAGCUGGCUUCAGAAGUGACCCACAAAGGGGACUGUGAAAGAAUCUCAGUCUCACCAAUUAAAACUCUUCAUGACUGAGAUGCCUCUUUGUGUGCCCAGACCUACAAAUGGCACUUAACUUCUCAUUUGUCUGCCAGCUAACUUCUCAUUUGUCUGCCAGCUUUUCAUGAAUUUUGUUUUGUUUUAAAUGUGUUUUGCUCUUCAGGUAACUACAGUAUUGUCAGUAAAUGUGACAAAGAAUUUAAUAAUUUUUUUUUUAGCUAUUAAGUACAAGGAAGCUUUUUCAUUAGUUUCAUUAUACUGGUAAUUGGUUCUCAUAUAUAAAAUAUUUUUCUGGUUCUUUAAUUCUUAUUGAUACCUGAGGACAUUAACUCAAAAUCUAUUAUGUAGCCAUUUCAGUUCCUUGUACAUGUAUGUGUAUUUGCAGUAUUUGAAGAUAAUUUGUAUUUUUAGAAUUGAAGUGUCCAUUGUCAUUUUGAUACAGCAUUGUUACCUAAGAGAAAUUUUAGUUUAGCACUUUUACUGAAAAUUAUUUUUUCUAUGAUUGCUGAAUCAUUUGUAAGCUUUUUGUUAUAAGUACUUGCAAUCAUGUUGUUCAAGGUACGUAUCUUUAUAAAUGGAUUUGUCC